UAUGACGAACCAGUCACGUGACCAACUGUGUGAAAGAAUCAGCUGCAUGUCAGAGAUGGCGACGAGGAGUGACAGAAAGCGUAAGGCGGUUGAGAAACCGGCACACGAGAGCACCACAUUUUAUCAUUGGGCUGUAAUUCUUUUGGGUAUCGGUUUCGGUUAUUUACAUCGGUGGCAUGUAUCCACGCUCUUCGAAAAUGACCGGCACUUCUCUCAUCUCUCGGAAAUCGAGCGAGAAAUGUCCUUCAGGACCGAGAUGGGAAUGUAUUAUUCGUAUUACAAAACUAUUGCUGAAUCGAAAGACUUUUUCGACGGCAUGGAUAAGCUCAGUUACGACAAUCUGUCGGAGUAUGGCAAUAUUAUCGAUGCUACCAGAAAGUACAGUCUUUUACCUGAGAUUGUAACGGGUUUCCUGUAUCAUGUUGCAAGAAAUCUUGGAUUGAUAUCGCAGGAAGAACAGUGCUGGCAGAUAGAAAGAGGAGACGGUUUACCACCUGUGACUAGCUGUGAAGGUUUGGGUGUACCUGUGUACUUCUAUUUAGAGAUGGUUUGGUCUUCCACAAUUUUUACAGCUAUAAUACUCUUUUACUAUGCAACGUAUUUGAGUAAUUCCAUUUACGGUGGUGUUCUAACAAUAUUAUUCUUCUUAUUUAAUCAUAAUGAAUGCACACGUGUUCAAUGGACACCACCGUUGCGAGAAAGCUUUGCGUACCCUAUGCUACUGUUUCAAAUGUACAGUGUUACUAUGGCUAUAAGAAAAUGCACGAAGCAUGAUUCGGAGAAAGAGCCUGUUCUGUUAAAAAACAAGACUAAACAGAGAUUAUUUAUGAAUAUAUUUGGCUCAACGAUCUGCAGUCUGUGUACCUGGCAGUUUUCACAUUUUGUUUUCACCACGCAAGUUGUAGCAAUUCUUAUACUGAAGUGGCUGAAAAUUAUUCCAUACGAUUUCUACAAAAAUUUCUGUAUGGUUCACAUAUUAGCUGUGAUGGCGACGACAAAACUAACAAACAGCACUCUUAUAAUUUGUUCAUUCUACACGUGCCUCAUGUUCAGCAGCAACGUGGUCAGUUUCAUAAUCAAAUUAUUGCAAUUUCACAACCUCAAACGAGAAAUUAUUCUCGAAAUCGCCAUAACAAUCAUUUUCACAAAGUGGAUAAAGUCCUAUAUUUUAUAUUCUGAAGACGAUGCCCACGUAUUUAAUAUAUUGAAGUCUAAAUUGACAGACUACAGGGAUUUUCACACUAUGCUUUAUACGUGCUCGGCGGAAUUCGGCUUUCUGCAAUACAAAACUUAUGAAGCAAUCAUUAAGACUUUAUUGCUGCCAACGGCAAUACUUGCUGGAAUGCUCGCGUUGUAUUACUGGUAUAGAAAUUUUAAGAUGAACGAUUAUCCGCUUUGCAUAGAACCCGACGUGGCGUAUAAUGGUUUGCAAACCGGCGCUUUCAUCAUCAUGGCCGUUUUUAUUAUGAGACUAAAGUUAUUCAUGACGCCGCAUCUCUGCAUAAUAGCUAGCAUCGUGUGUAGCAAACGAUAUCUCGAAAAAAUUGGCUUGAAAAGUGAACUCAUGCGGCUUGCCGUUGUGAUUCUUGUACUGGGUGGCAUGUCGUACCAUGGCGUCGACAGAUUCCAAGAGGAACGCAGUUUUAUAGGCGAAUACAGUAACAUCGAGCAAGAAGAGCUGUUUGAAUGGAUAAAAAGUAAUACACCGAAAAAUGCUGUAUUUGCGGGGAAGAUGGCGUUAAUGGCAAACCUAAUGUUGUCGACGAGGAGGCCGAUUGUUAAUAAUCCUUACUAUGAAAGCAAAGAGAUGAGGGAUAGAACUAUGAAGGUUUAUGAGGUUUACAGUCGAAAGGAUGCUUCCUCCGUAUAUGCCUCCUUGAGAAACAUGAAAGUUAGUUACAUCGUGUUAGAGGAACCACUGUGCCUUGGAUUUGCAAACUUGCCACGAGGAUGUCAAAUGAUUGAUUUGUGGGACAUGGUCGACAAUGGAACAGCGAAAGCCACGAACAAGCCGCCUCUGUGUCCUCUGCUAUUCAGAGGAAAUGCGUAUCCGUUCAGACGAGCGUUCGUUAACAGCAACUAUGUCGUGUUGCAACUGGAUUAUUCUCAUUACGUAGAGUUUAAGCCAAAGACUUCCACACCAUUGCAUUAUCAGUUCUAGAGUACAUUUCCAAGUAAGAGGAGGACCCUCGAACAAUACGGAAUACCUCGUGAGACUGUAAGAGCCUAUUUUUCUUAAAAUCGAAAAAGUAUUAUCUAUAUAUUUGAAAAAAAAAAUAUAUUUUUAAUAUAUUGAGAGAUUCGCACAGACAAGUUAAAUGUUAAAACCGCGAAUUCUCGAAAAUCUAUCCAGUUUAGACUCAUGUGUCAUCUGUGAAGGGGCAUUAACAUAUUUUAAGAUGCGCACAAUGUUCCUAAUAUUUUGCAAUAGAAAUUAUUUACUGUUUCAUUCGAAAAGAAUCUUCGACAUUUUCGUUUUGCUAUACUUGUUUCUUAAAGUGCAGCUCAUAUACAUUGCAAGUGUAAACAGAAUGCAAUGCAAGAUAUAUACGAAUAUAAUUUGCAAACUUCCGUAAUGAAAAACGAUAGGCAAUUGUUAGUCGACCAGUAACAAUGCACAAAAAGAAAUAAUGCCUCAUUUCACAAUGUGAUAUACACACUUGUGAUAAUUUUACUUAAUAUUUUUACGCAUCGAAAUGCCCAGUUUUUGGUGACGCAAAUAAUUUUGAACGUAUAAGCGUUACAUUUAAUCGAGCAUUGUGUUCACUCACCCUAUCGCAAACACAAGACAUGUGUGCCAACAUCAAUCAUCACCUAUUUAUAUUUAUAUAACUAUCGCAAGUCAAUUCCUUCGCUUUAAAUGAAUUUCUCAUUACUUUUCCAUUGAUGAGCAUUUCACAGCACGCAUAUUGGACAAUAAUUCUCUACUCUUUGACGUCGAUCAAAUGUGCUCAUUAAGACAUUACACAUUAUUUAAUCGCACUGUGACCAUAAAUGUUAUGUAUUAUAAAUUUAAUGAAAAGAUAUAAAUAAGAGAUUAUAUAUAAAUUG